CGUCGCAGCUCGCAGAAAGAUCCGAGUUGGCUGAGAGAAACAGCCUUCCUUGGAACUAUUUUUCUUGCUUUGUGUCCUUCCCAAGCCAUAAUCAGAACAUUUGCACUCCAGUUUUGCUAUAGUUCGUCUGGGUGCUGUGUCGGGGCAGGAUGAGCCUUCUUGCCGCCCCCUUGCUUGCGCCGCCGCUGAAGCGGUCCGACAAAGUUGAUUUGAAGAGUCCCUUUCGAAAUUUUAUUUUUUCGACUUAUGGUCAAGACGCAGACAAUUACACCCAAGCCGUUGGUGAAUUGCAGACAGCACGAGAUUGGUGUUGCAGUGGAUCGCUGGACAAGCACGAGUCAUCCAUAGAUGCAGUUACUAAGUUCUAUGAUCAGCUGGUGGCAAUUGAGGCCAAGCUGCCUGUUGGGGAAGGCCAGAUCCCGCUCAAGUACACAUGGUAUGACUGCUUCAAUCGCAAGGAGGGCUUCUUUUCCAGCUCCUCAGUAAAGCAAGGCCUGAAUAGUGGCGCCUAUGAGCGUAUCUGUGUCCUCUUCAACCUGGCGUCCGUCCAUGCCAUCGUCGCCGGAGCUCAAAAUCUCGAGACUGAUGUUGGUCUCAAGCUGGCAGUCAAGUCGUUCCCUAUGGCAGCAGCGCUUUUCCAGCAUCUGCGUGAUCAGGUGUUUGCUCAGCUGCCUAAGGUACCUACGCCGGAUCUGAGUGGUGAUACCGCCAUCGCAUUGUCAGCGUUGAUGCUUGCCCAAGGACAGGAAUGCUUUUUCCACAAGGCUACAUCGGACAAUAUGAAGGCGGCCAUUGUGACAAAGGUUGCUGCUCAGGCAGCCGACUACUAUGGUGAUGCAAUGCGUGCUAUGGACAACUCUGCAAUCCGUUCGCAGUGGGACAAGUCGUGGCUACCCAUUAUCCUUGGAAAGCAGUCCUAUUUCCUGGCAAUGGCCGACUACUAUGAUUCUAUCGCGCUGAAGGAGGGCAAGAAAUUUGGCGAUCAGAUCGGCAGACUGCGUCACGCUGUCCAAAUGUUGCAACAUGCCAGCAAGCAAGGCGAAGGCCAGCUGAACGUUUCUAGAGCAAUGGAUCGCGUGCAGCGUGAUCUGGCGACUGCCGAGAAGGAGAACAACAUGAUCUACAACGCCAGUAUUCCGCAGUACGCUGCCAUGGCAACCCUAGGUCGUGUGGCCGUGGCCAAAGUACCGCCAAUGCCCGCUCACCCGCUGAGUGGAAGUGCAUUCAAGGAUGCAUUCGAAGGUCUUGUUCCACUUCAGGUACACCAAGCUGCUACAGAGUUUGAGAACAAGCGCAAGUCCUGCGUGCAACAGCUCUGUAUGCGUGCCAAGGAAGCCACCCAGAAUAUGAACAGUGAGCUAGCCAACAUGAACUUGCCCGCUGCACUGGAGGACACGACAGGCACUGAAGUACCCGCGUCCGUCCUGGAGAAAUCGCAGGGUAUGCAGGCAGCCGGUGGCUGGCAGCCGCUGUACGACAAGAUCAAAGCCUUGCCGGACAACCUGCAGCGGAAUGUGGACAUUCUGAACGAUAUGACCGGCUCCCUGGACACCGAAGAGCAAGAGGAUGAGAAGUUGAGAGCUCGCUUUGCUGGCAAGUGGAACCGAACCGAGUCGAAAAAGCUGACGGACAACUUCCGCCAGGAGAUCAAUAAGUUCAACACGUUCCUGUCCAGCGCCCGUUCUGCUGACGAACAGGUCAAAGCCAAGUUCGAGAGUCACCUCGGGUCCAUGCAGCUGCUAUGCUCCUCGCCUGCGGAUCUCAAGGCUCAGCUUCCCAGUGGUGGCCCAUCAGCCCAAGCUGGUAGCGAGUCGGUGCUCGCUCUUCAGAACAUGAUGGCACAGUGGACGCAGAUCCGAACGGACCGUGAGCGCCUGGAGGCCGACGUUGAACAGACAACAUGUGACGUCAAGUCUCGUUUCCUCUCCGCCAUGAUGUCUGACGGUGCCAUCAAUGAGGAGGCCACCUCACCGCAAAUUCUAGAGGAGCUGUUUGCAAGCAAGCGUAGUAACCUUGAUGAAAGCCUGCAACGGCAAGAGCAGCUUUUGUUCCAGAUUAAGGCUUCGAAUGAAUCGUUUGAACAUGAGAAAUCCAGCAGCAGUGCAGCCAAUGAGCGUGAGAAGAUGCUUAAGAGCCUUGCAGCAGCGUAUGACGUUUUCACAGAGUUGAACGCAAAUCUCACGGAAGGCACGAAGUUCUAUGCCGAUCUGACAACGCUGCUCUUGCAACUGCAGCAGAAAGUCAACGAUUUGGUCUACGCUCGCAACACGGAGAAGGAGGAUGCACUAAAAGAACUCCAGAGCAGUAUUGCUAGCUCUGAGAAUGCUCCAGCUCCAGCUCAGCCAUCUUAUCAGCAACCUGCUAAAGCAGUACCAGCAAGGCCGCCUCCACCAACAGCUGCACCGAGAACACAACGACCAGCCCCCACUCCACCGACGGCGGCGGCAGCAGCACCAGCCGUGACCUCUGGCUUCCCGCAAAGUGCACCAGCACCACAGCAGCAUCAGCAGCAAAGCCAGCCGCCACCAGUUGCCGCACCAGCAUCCUCUGCUCCUCCGCCGACCUAUGGUGGCACUGCGUACAACUACGGUGCUCCGCCGCCUCAGCAGCACCCAGGUGGUUAUGCUCCACCUGCGUAUGGUGGAUACCCAUCCUAUCCUACUGCUGGUGGCUACUACCCACCAGCGGGUGCACCGUAUGUUGCUCCGCCACCUGGUGCUGGUUAUCCAGGACAAGCACCAGCACCCUAUCAGCAACAAGGAGCUUACCCCACUCAACCAGGUUACCCUGUUCAGCCUGGCUAUCCGGCACAACAGCAGCAGCAGCCUCCAGCCAACCCUGGCUAUCCGACACAGCCACCGACCUAUGGGCACCCGCAACGCUAGUUCCGUGUCUACCGGUACAGUAGCCGGGUUUCCACCUAAUCUGACUGUGUGUGUGUGUGUGUGUGUGUGUGUGUGUGUGUGUGUGUGUGUGUGUGUGUGUGUGUGUGUGUGUGUGUGUGUGUGUGUGUGCGUGCGUACGUGUGGCUGUAUUGUUUGUGGUCCAUUGAUUUUUUCUGUAUGUGCAGAGGACAGUUUUUGAUUUUUUUUAACUCGGCCUUCGUUCAUGUCUGGUUGAUGUGCUUCUAGUUUCCUGUGCUGCUGCUGUUGCUGCUGCUUCAUUGCCUUUAGGUCUGCUAGAGUGUAGGGCUGCUGGACUUUCUAACAUUUGUUGCUUUCUCAAAGACUAGGAUUAAUAAAGAUUUCUUGUAUUUUUGCCAUCCCCCGACAUCCCCUGGUUUCGGCUGGAUUGGACUUGUAGCGUCAUAAUAUUUCACAUGAAAUGUCUGUACAUAGAUUUCCACAUCGUGGCUUACCACACAGUUGCAUAGUUCUUACAAUGUUAUUAUUUUUUUUUUUAUUCUCCCUCACAUUUUACAGAAAUACAUCAUACUUAUGGCUUUGAUAUUAUCACUAGGACCCCCUGCCUA